UUUAUAUGCAAAUCAAAUCUGGAUAAAAAAUCAAGACAAUUAUUGUAUAGAACCUUUUACAUUCUCUAUUAUCUUAGCGUCAUCGAACUAGCUAUCACCAGAACACACGUAUGGGGAGGGUCUUUGUUCCGGAACGUUAUAAUGGCGUAAUGAAUUCCUCUUUCAAGAACUUAUACUAUUGGCAUCCGCUAAAUCAUAACAUAUCAAGUGUUGAAAUUUAAAAUCAAUAUAAGUGAAGGACUUUAAUGCCUUUCAGUGUUUGUUACGGGUCAUAACAUUCAUGCUAUACAUUCCUAUGGUAUUAUCAUUAUGUGGAUUAGCUUCAAAACUGUCGAUUUUUUUGUAUUUGUGUUUUUCCAAGUGAAUCAGAUCUGUUCGUUCACAUUCAACGAUGAUGAAGAUUUGGCAGAAAUAAACGCUACCAAAAGAGCCAUUUUAAAAUCAUUGGGUGUAAGAAGUGAGUCUCGAUCGAAACUUUGGAGGAAUGACUUCUUCUUACGACGGUACUCCGCACCAAAAUUUAUGUUGAAACUUUUUAAGGAAGUGAACGGAGAAAUGUCUAAUCAUAAGCAACAAACUGAUUUUGAGACAAAAUACCUGAAUGAUAGUUCAGUGGAUACAGUCAUUAGCUUCUUUAAAUAUGAUCAUGAUCGAAGCUGGAAAAAAAAUUCCAGGAGCGACUUCAGGAUAAAAUUUAAAGCAAGGUUCGACCCCCGUCAUGAAGUCAUUCAGGGAAGUGAGUUGAAAGUUUUUAAAAGACUGCCAAGAAAUGGCAGCAUGGUUCAUGGUAAAUGUUCUGUCUGUGUUUAUCUCAUACAACGUCAAAAUUCCUUAUCCAAAAUGAUUGAUACACGAGAGGUUGACGCUUGGAAGGCUGGAUGGCAAACUUUUAAUGUGACUGCUGCAAUGAAAUUGUGGGCUCAGUAUCCAUUGACGAAUUAUGGAUUCGAAAUUGUUGUACAUCACAAUGGUCAGAAAUUGAGCCCACAGGCCUUUGGGUUGGUGGGAACGCGUGGAAAUCUUGAGAAGAGGCCGUACCUGGUAGGCUUUGUCAGCACCACGAGCGAUUCUCCUGUAUUUGCGCCUGGUCUCCUUGUUCCUUCGAGACAGCGACGUGCGGCCAAAAUGUUUAAGUAUGGGAAUAAUGCUGAGGUUUGUGGACUGAAGAAGUUCACAGUGAAUUUUAAAGAAGUUGGCCUUCAUCGUACCAUCAUCGCUCCCAAUUCAUACGACAUGCAUUUCUGCCAUGGUCACUGUUUAGAUCCAUUGGAUCCAAACAAAACGACAAAUCAUGCAAUAGUCCAGAGUGUUUAUCGUGCUUUUGAUAAUACAGUGGAUGAGCCAUGUUGUGUACCCGAAAUUCUAAAAGCAGUCAAUCUUUUGUUUUAUGACGAUGACGGCAAUAUUGUAAUGAAAAGACAUCCUAACAUGGUCGCUGCGUCAUGCGUGUGUAAUUAGAUCUUUGCAUGAAAGUUAUUUUACCAGAAAUACGCCACUCUCAUUACGAUGAGUUCCAUUGGUGUUUCUGUAAAUAAAGUGUCUUCGUCAUUAUGUAGUUACUGAGAGGAAUUUCUUCAUCAAUCGUGUAAAGAUGGCACAAUUAAGAAUCUGUGGUAAUUAAGCCUUUCAAUGAUAUCAACAUGUGAACAAUGGGAAUAUUAGUAUUCAAAGAGAAAUAUAACUAUAUGCAUAUAUAGAUGUAUACAUUGCUUGUUUUUACUUCUUUAUAUAACUCGACUACCAAAUUCUAUUAAUAAAUGUUUCAUAAAACUGCAUAAGAAAA